AGAUCGCAUCACUCUCAGGCUCUCAGCUUAUCGGGCUCGUCCAUGCAUGCCCCCAUGGCCAUCCGCGUCAGCAGCUCGGUCGCCGCAACCGCAAGCAACAGGAGCCUCCUGCUCGUAGUAGCCGGCGUCGCUCUGGCCCUCUUGGCGUCGCCGUCGGCGGUGUCGGCCCGCCGGCGCCCCGUGCGGCUGCGCCUGUACAUGCACGACAUCGUGGGCGGGCCGGGGCAGACGGCGGUGCGGCUGGUGAAGGGCCCGGCCGGGCCCGGAGAACCCGUCGAUGCACCCGGGCAACUGCUUCGGCGACACGGUGGCGGUGGACGACCUCCUGACGGCGGGCCUCGCCGCCGGCUCCGCGCCCGUCGGCCGCGCGCAGGGGACCUACAUGACGGGCUCCAUGAGCCGCCCGGUGUUCGUGGUCGCCGUCACGCUCAUGCUCGCCGCGGGGCCCUACAACGGGAGCACGCUCGUGGUGGCCGGCCGCGACGACACCUCGCAGCCGGUGAGGGAGCUCGCCGUGGUCGGCGGGACGGGGGCGCUCCGCCGGGCCGCGGGCCACGUGCUGUGGAGCACGGCCAGGGUGGAGUCCUCAGUGCACGCCGUGCUGCAACUGGACGUGCACGCGUCCGUGCCGGCGCCGAGCAAGACUGCUGCUGCGGAGUUGCUCGUCAGCUCUGCCUGACCUGACUCGUAGGAUGCUCCAUCAAAUGUAGAUCAUUUUCCUGCUCUCUAUGCUGCUCCAUCAAAUGUUGUAUUAAGAAAAUGGCUUUCAUGAUUGAUAAUGACAAUCAUUUAGAUAUAAAACCGAAUCGGUUCAAAGUU